AUGGAAGAUAGUUACAUAACUAGAUCCUUCUUCGUCUUCAUAUUACCAUACGCAUCACAUCUGUGCACAUUCCCUGAUUCUGAUCUUCUUGUGGGUUAUGUACAGGAAAAAAUCACCGAGAAAGUAUCCAACAAAAGAAGAAAGCUAGUUAUUGGCUCCACAUCAUUGGAAGACUCACUAGCGGUAGAAGUAGUUGCCAACAAUGUUGAUCUUCUAACAGAGAUCCUUUUACAUGUGUCGGCAAAGUCACUCCUCAGAUUCAAGUGUGUAUCUAAGCAUUGGCUCUCUCUCAUCUCUGACUCACAAUUUUCCCACAACCACACCCGCCGAAAUAACAAUUCCUUGAUCUCAGGCAUAUAUUUCUACUGCAAACUUCGGAUGUUCAAGGAACUUAAUUCUGUCUUGUUUCACAGCCACUCAAGUCUUCCAACACUCGCCUUCCUCAAUGGUGUUGGAGAAGGAUCUACACCUAGGAUUGUACGAUCCUGUAAUAGCUUACUCUUGUGCUCCAAGGUUUACGAAAAACGUUACAUCGUUUGUAAUCCGACCACCCAAAAAUACACUACACUACCUGAACCUGCCGACACUUUAUCUAGAUUUUUAGAUCACAAGUUUGGUGCUUACUUAGCUUUUGACCCUUCAAAAUCAACUCACUACAAGGUUGUAUUGGUUCAUUACUCUUUUGAUCUUCGUGGAAGGUCUGGAAGUUCUUAUGUAAUUGAUAUCUACUCAUCGGAGAGUGCAUGUUGGAAACACAUUCGUGUCAUUGCACCACCAGGUCACUCCUUGAGACGCAGGGUGUUUUCGAAUGGAGCUAUUCAUUGGAUGAAUUCCACUAACCUUUACAUUCGAUUUGACGUUGAUGCUAAGAAUCUGACACGAACUCCAAUGCCUCCAUACCCUAAAAUUCUUUCUAAUGAUAAGAUUCUGUAUUUUGGUGAAUGUCAUGGUCAUUUGUUUCUUAUUCAGAAUCGACAGGUUUUGCCAUUGAGAUUCAGAUUUCUUGAGAUGGACAAGGACUACUACUGUUGGAAAGUGAAGUACUGGGUCAAUCUGAGACCUAUAGAAUCUAUUUUCCCUGAGAAAUUUCACCAAUUUUCUGUGGUGUGUAUUGUUAAGGGGGCAAAUGAAAAAGAUUUUGCACUGGUGUUUAAUAUUUAUGGCAAUUUCAUUUCUUAUAAUUUGGAUCGCAAGACAUGGAAGGUGCUUUUUGAUUUUCAGCCAGGUGAAUUUCAUGAAUCAGUUUGUUAUUAUUUUUGA